AUGUCAUCUGAACAUGGAUUACAUGUUAUGUUAAGUUAUCAUUGGGAUAAUAAAGAAUUAGUUUCAAAAAUUUAUAAAGUACUUAAAUCAAAAAAUAUCCCUGUAUGGAUGGAUAUUCAUGGUGGAAUUAGUUUUAAUCUUUUUCAUAGUAUGGCAGAUGGAAUUGAAAAUGCUGCUGUUGUUUGUUGUUUUAUGACACCAAAAUAUCAAAAUUCACGUAAUUGUGAAAAAGAAUUAUUAUAUGCUGAUAGACGACAUGUUCCAAUAAUUCCAUGUCGUUUAACACGUGAUUGGGAACCAUCAACAUGGCUUGGAUUAGUUAUUGCUGGACUUGUAUGGAUAGAUUUUCGGGAUACAACAGAUAUAAAUAUUGAUCUUAAGAUUGAUAAAUUAAUAGAACAAAUUCGAAUUGUUGCAGGAAAAAAACUCAAUUGUUUUCAAAUAGAAACUUCUUAUGUUUUACAAACUUGUCCAAUUUAUUCCAGUAAUUCUUCAAAUAAUCUUUAUCCUGUUCUACCACAAACAAAUGAUAUAUCUGAUUCAUUGAAACGAUCAACAUCGGCAAUAUCUCAUCAACAUCAACAUGUUAAUAAUAUAAAUAUAGUACCACCACCAGUACCUCCACGUCCAAAUAAAGAUUUAAUUCGAGAACGAUUAUUCUCAGUUGAUAUAAAGAAAAAUCUCAAUGAAAUUGAAUUUAUCGAUGAAAAAAAAGAGAAUAAUAAACCAUUGAACAGUGAAAAACCAGAUAUAUGUGAAAUUUCACAUUCACAACAAACACAUGCACGUUUGAUACCUGAUGUUAUAGAUUUAUCAUCAUCUAUAAUUAAUAAUGAAAAAAAACGUAAUGGCAUUAUAAUUGAUUAUUCAAAAUUUCAUUGUUCACCUCGUAUUAUUGCAGAUGAUAAUGAGAAAAUCUCAUUUUGUUGUCCAUCAGGUGUUGCAGUUUCAAAAACAGGUCUUAUCUAUGUUGCUGAUCAACAAAAUCAAUGUAUUAAAGUAAUUCCAUUGUUAGGAAGUGAAAAAGAAAUUUUAUCACGUCCAUUUAAUCGACCAAAAGGUGUACAUGUUGAUGAACAUGGUCGUAUACUUGUAACAGAACAUAAUCGUUUACUUACACUUGAUAGUGAACUUAAUCUACUUAAAUCUAUUGGAGAUCAUGGUUCAAAACCAGGGGAAUUUAAUGUACCAUGGGAAUGGGGUCAUGAAGGUGAAGAUGCAGGUCAAUUUUAUUAUCCACAUUUUAUUUCUAUAUCAGGUAAUCAUGUUGCUGUAUCUGAUCAACUUAAUCAUCGUAUACAAGUAUUUGAUUGUUUUGGAAAUUAUCAUUAUAAAUUAGGUGAAAUUGGUAAUGAACCAGGUCAAUUUAGUUGUCUAUUUGGAGUAUGUAUCGAUGCCAAUGAUCAUUUAGUUGUUGCCGAUGAUGAUAAUAAUCGUGUACAAUUUUUUGAUGAAAAUGGUGAAAUUAAACUUAUAUUAGAUCAAAAAGUAAAUCCUUUAUUUAAUUUUCAAGGUGUUCAUGGUUUAGCAUUGACUUAUGAUGGUGGACUUCUUAUUACUGAUUAUAAACGAGAUGGAAAACAUCGUUUAUUUAUUUUUGCUUAA